CCGGCCGCUGAGCCCCCUGGGCGCGGCUCGGGCUUUCAGCACCGCGGAGAGCUCCCCGCGGCGGGCCGGCCGGCCCCGGGCAUGGCCAGCGCGCAGCAAGGCGAGAAGCAGCUUUUCGAGAAGUUCUGGAGAGGGACCUUCCAAGCCGUGGCCACGCCGAGACCCGGGAGCGUCAUCGCCGCCAGCAUCGCCGCCCGCAAGCCGCCGCCGAGCACUGAGACGCCGAGCUGCCUGUCAUGCCCAAAGGAGGAGAGACGCUUGGAAAAGCCGAAUGGAAACACAGCUCAGGAGGCCUCCAGCACCAAUGGCUGUGUGAAAGGAAAGGACAGCAGACAGUACACCCACCACAGAUCCCGCAGCCCCUCACACGAUGAGGAGUACACGCCACCACCCCCGUCCCGGGGGAAGAAAAAGAAAAAGAAAUCUACACGUAAGAAGAGGAGGAGGUCUCCAUCGUAUAGCCCCUCGCCUGUGAAGAAGAAGAAGAAGAAGAAGAAAAGCUCAAAGAAACGAAAAAGAAACAGGUUAUCUUCAAAGAAGAGAAGACACAGCUCCUCAAGCCCAAAAAGUAAAAGAAAGGAAGAAAGAAAACACAAAAAACACUUCAGCUUCCAUCCGCUGGAUCUCGGGCCGCCUUUGUCUGCUCGAUUAAUGAACAGCUUUCUUUCCACUCUCAAAAGCUCUCGUAGCCGGCCACGAAAAUCCCACCGCCACCGCCAUCGCCACUACCACUCUCGCUCGGAGAGCUCCGAUUCCCUCUCCUCUAGCUGCCAAAGCAGGCACAGAGGCAGGUCUCGGGAGGAAGGCCAUAAAGCAAGACGAAGACGCUCCCAGCACUGUUCAAAGAGCACUGAGAAGCGAAGCAUCUCUGCAGAGGGUCAGGCCAGCCAUUCCCCCAGCCAAACCCUUCAGAUCUACAGCUUGCUCUCGGCUAAGGAAGUAAUCUCUCAGUCGGGGUCAUCUGCUGACCUCUUUACCAAAACAGACAGCCCACUUGGCAACCUAGCCAGUCGGAAUGGAGGGGCCCAUGAAUCUGACUCAGGAAACGAUACUUCCUCCCCUCCCUCCACUCAGAAAAGCUCAGCCAGGCCAAAGGACAGCCAGGAGAAAAGAAGCCUAGCCCACAAUGGCUUUGGCCGUGCCUUCUCACCUGGGAAGCCCAAAUUGGCCAACAGCGAUAACAGCUCUGAUUCAGGAAAUUCCUUCACCAGUUGUUUUUCCCAGAGCAAGGGAACAACUUUGGAAAAUCUCUCUCCGGAUGACAAGGGACAGGAUCAAAGAGGAUUCCUGUCCCCGUGUCUCGCCUGCUCGGAGGUGAAGAAGCAGAGCCCCCUACAUUCCCCGGACCGCAGCUCCCCACUGAGACCGUGCUCCCGCAGCGCGUCGUACACCAGCACAGGGAGGUCCUCCCGUGGCUCCAGUCGCUCUGCCCACUCCCGCUCGUUGCAUCACAAGACCACGCCCAGGUACUCCCGAAGCAGAUCCUGCUCCUCAGGGAAAAGGUCCUAUUCACGUUCCCCCAGCUACUCAUCCAAGUCCUGCAAAAGAAGCCCUGGAAGCAGGAACUCCAGACUGCGUCGGAGCCCCAGUUAUUCCCGCUACAGCCCCGGCAGGGACCGCGCGAGAGAGCACAAGUACGGCUCCAGCGAGAAGGAGUCCCAGCGGGAGCGGGACAGGCGGCGGCGGAGGUCCUACUCGCCCAUGAGGAAACGCAGGAGAGAUUCUCCCAGCCACCUGGAAGCUCGCCGCAUCACGAGUGCCCGGAAACGCCCCAUCCCGUACUACAGGCCCAGCCCUUCCUCCUCCAGCAGCCUCAGCAGCUGUUCCUCCUGGCACAGCAGUGUUAGCCGCUCUCCUGGCCGCAGCCGCAGCUACUCCAGCUACAAGAGCAGCCGGAGCAGAAGCUGGAGCAGCGGCAGUGACAGCAGCCGGAGCCGGAGCCGGAGUUCGGGCCCAAGGAGCAGCCGCAGCAGGAGCAAGAGUUACGGCUCUGCGGACAGCUAUGACAGCCUGCGGCGCUAGGGCAUCCCCCUCCCUGCUGCGUGCGUCGGGGUCGUCUCUUUUCAUUCCUCUCUCCUCCAGCCUCCCCGGUGAUAGCUUAUUAUUUCAUGUUUCCGUUGUGGCAUCCACCAGCCCCCUGUAGUGCCGGGCGCUGCAGCCGCAGAGGCAGACACGGGCCUGACGGCUCCAGAGAACACGUGGGCAGAGAGGGCGGGUCCGUGCUUUGCAGAGGCUGUGUUGAUUAUAGGCCAGGAACGGGUGGGGAAGGCUGGUUUAUCUCCAGGGAAGCAUUUGCCUGCGGCUAAUCCAGGGCGGGAGUUUAGCUCCUUGCUUUUCCCUGGCCAGCAGACAGCAAGCACCAAUUGGCUGGUGGGGAGGGAGAGAAAUAAUUUAAAAGAAACUCUCUUCAAGGCUUUUGGGCCGGGCAGAAAGAGUCCGGGUCUGGCCCUGCUUCUGUUGAGGUCAGUGGCAACGCUUCCCUUGACUCCAGCCUGGAGCCCCCAAGCAUUGCGAUGUGGCCUCUCCCCUACAAAGGGAAAAAAACCAGAGGCUUCUGCAGUAUCGAUUCACCUUCAUUGGAGGUGGCUUUUCCACUGUGCCCCUCCCGCGGGGAGGAAUAUUCAGUCGCCGUGGGUCAGCCAAUUCCUGCUGUGAAUGUGAAGGAAGAAAUUCUCCCGGGGAGCGGAUUGUUCGGAAGGGGCCAUUCCCUCGCCCCUCCCCUCCCUUUUUAUAGCACGAGUUUGCUUCUCUUCCCCCAGCAAUAUGACCCGCUGGUGAUCGAGCUGGUGAGGCGUUACGCAGAAGUGGGAACAAUCAAGGGCUGGGUGCUGGGAGGCCAGGCCAACAAUCGGGAAAUGCGAGGGAGCAAAGUCCCUUGAGAAGCGUCAGGUAGCGCGUCUCCUGUGAGCCCUCAGCCCCAGAGCUCUCCAGGGCUCCCGCUUUGGUGGCUGUUUUUCUCACAGGAGCUCUGUGCCGUGCAAAGGAAUCCCCGGCAGGGAGGUGGGAGUGAGGUUCCGGGUCCUUUUGGGUACCGGGUCACAUGGGCAUGGGAAAUUCCAAUGAAGCGUAUUCGUAUGUAGCCCCCAGGCAGGGGUGAAAGUAACUUAAACUCUUAAAGGACUUACCGGUAUGCUGGAGUCCUGAGCAGGGGGCGUGGCCUCAACUGGAAGA